UCAGAAGAGGUGAAUCCAGUACGUCUGAAGAAGUACGCAUUUGGUGUGGUGAGCAAAACGGAGUUGACGAAAACUUUCGAUGACCUCUCGGAACGUGCCGAUGCAGUGCCUCCGUUGGACGGUUGUGCUGGUUUCGAUUCAGUGGUUUUUGUUCAUUUACGUCGUCAUUGGGAUAUUCAACCACGGCCAUCGGAUAUGGUCAAUUGGUUUCUGGCAGAUUGGCGACGUGGAGCCGAGAAGGCGAAGCCGUUGGUCGAAUGUCGAGUGGAACGUCUUCAGAAGACAUGGAAUUCGUAUAUCAAAUCGUUGAUGCCAUCCGAUGGCGAAUUGUGGAAAAAAAAUAAAGUGGAUGAGUCAAUGAUGCGUCAUUGCCAUAGCAGUUUGUCGAUUGAAUCGAAGAAGAUUCGUACGCGGAAUGUGCGCAUCGAACGUCGACUCUUAACCACUCCCGCAGGCAAGAAAGUCGGCGGUGAACCGACGGUGGCAAAACGAUCCAAAAAACGACCGAUGGAUAGCGUGGAUAUGAUCUCGGAACAACGUCGUAUUCAUAUGCGAUCCAGAUUCUCAGCAAAAGAGCGUGAUAUGGUUAGUGGUGCGGCUCUGUUUUGA